CUUAUUCUGCCGCCAACAAGGGUCGUUGUUGUUAUUCGCAGAAAACCCUUUUCUCUUGAAAUCAGCAAACACUUGAAGUGAAAUCAUAGGCAUUGGUGUGAGCAUGGGGAAGAAAGCAAAAGGGUCAAGGAAGGGUAAGAAGGCAUGGAGGGCUAACAUCAGCACCGAAGAGAUCGAAGAUUUCUUUGAGAAAUCAACGAAGGACGCUCUUUCUGGUGGCUCUCUCCAAGCCCUUUCUAGUGAUUCCCUCUUUUACGAAGACAAGUCCAAAGAUCUUGCGGUGAAGAAGAAGAUUGAAAAGCACAGGGAGAGAGUGCUCCAUUGUGAUAGUUUGCUACAGAAAAACCAGUUUGUUAAGCCAGUGCCAUCUUCUAUUCUGAAGAAGUGUUCUAAGAAUCGUUCUGUGGUGUCUAACAAGAAAGAGGUCAAUCAAGAUGGUGAUAAGGAUGAUUCUUCUGUGUUUGAUCUAUGGGGGGAUAAAGGUGAGGAUAACAAGAAGGUGAAAAAGGUAGCAAAGCCUACUCUUAUUCCAGCAGUAGAGGUUGACCCCCCAGGUUGUUCUUUCAAUCCCUCGUAUGAAAGUCACCAGGAUACCUUAGCUUCUGCUGUAGCUGAAGAAAUGCAAAAAAUCUACAAAAAUGAAUUGGGCCCUGAACCAGUGCCAUUAACUGUUCCUGGAGAAGCUAUUGCUGAAGAAGAUAUGUAUUUUCUUGAUGUGGAUGGUGGGAGUGACAAUGAAGAAAGUACUCUUGAAAAUGAAGAUGCUGCAUUAGAGAAAAAGCCUAUUAAAACAAAGAGAGUAACUAAAGUUGAAUUGAAUAAGAGAGCUAGGCGGAAAGAACAACUGAAAAAAGAAGCAGAAGCUAAGAAGAUAAAGGCAUUGUCAAAGGAAAUUGAUAGCAUACCUGAAAUUGUUCAGGAAAUUGAGCAAGAGGACGAGGAAAAGAAGAAAAGACAUCUUAGGCGACAAGUUGCUAAACAGGAGAUGUUAAAGGCACGCCCACCACGCUUAGGAAAGCACAAGUUUGAGCCCGCACCUGUUCAAGUUUUAUUAAGUGAAGAGAUAACUGGGUCCAUUAGGAAGCUCAAGGGUUGCUGUACUCUUAUAAAGGAUCGAUAUAAAAGCAUAGAAAAAAGAGGAUUGAUUGCUCCAGCAAAGAGAAGAAGGAAUUAGAGUUGUCAGUGGUGGCUACCUAACUUAUGUCACUCCAAAGAUUGUGGAGGUGUUGAUGCCUAAUAGAAGAGAAGUGAUGGAUGAAAGACUUGGAUAGUUUUUCCAAAGGAAGAUCUUGUUUGGCUCAAUUAUCACACAUAUGUUGUGUAUUUUUGUUUAUUUUUUAUAUCAAUUUUGAUUUGGAAGGCGAAAUGCCUACAUGUAUUAGAACUCACUUGUUAUUGAAUCAUUAUAAUAUUUAGCACACAAAUAUCCGGUUGAAUUGUUUUAUGCCUGU